CCUCUUGGCACAGUCCCCUAGAUUGUACACGCUGACCACGUUCCCACGGAGCGAGGUCUCGCUUUCUCUGCUCUGCUGAGGUAAUGGGGGCCGAUGAAAUCUUCGCUGUGAGCCUCCACCCCCCCCCCCCGCACACUUUAUCGUGAUCUGGCGCGCUACUGUAAUUCGUGCGGUAAUCUAAACAGUUAAAUUGGAAAUCCAAUCAAGGCAACCUAUCGAGAUGGGGAGAUUUUGAUUUAUAGGACAGGCAGCCAUGGAAAGGGACACAAGUCAGUCUGGAGUUUGGCAGAAUAAACAAAGUGGAAGGGAUGUGGAGCUGAGUCUUCGUCGGCAGUGCCACUCAUUAAUACGGAAGGCGGGUAUAAAUUGGGUGGACGAGUGUGGCCAGUGAGGGUGAGGGUGUGCUCUAGUGAAUUGGGGACGGGGAAAGGUUUCUCUCACGCCGGGAGUCCGACGUGAUUCUUCCUCGUUGUUGAGGAACGUCAACUUCACGUCAUCACAGGGGAUGGUGAGGGGCUGAGCUAUUUUAAAUGCUGUGAUUGUAGAGUCCCUGCCCAUCUGUCUGUGUCUAUGUGGGAGAGAGAGAGGGAGCGGAGGUGCGGAGCCGGGCUGCGAGAUUUAACAGGCGGGGGCUGACCAGGGAAAUGCGAGGUGGUCCGCUGACUGAUCAGAAAAAGACUCGACUUGGCCCUAGUCGCUCCUGAGGAGGGAGGAGAUCGCCCCCGACCCAAGAUGACUCUCGUGCCGGAGGAAAACAUCGACGAGUCGGUGGCGUUGGCCGCGCUUUCUCAGGGUAACUGCGACCCCGAGCUAUUGGGGCAAGAAUGCUGCGAGAGGGCGCUCAUCAACAUCUCAGGGCUGAGGUUCGAGACACAGCUUCGGACCCUCUCCCAGUUCCCCGACACCUUGCUGGGCGACCCGCGAAAGAGGAUGCGCUACUUCGACCCUCUUCGAAACGAGUAUUUCUUCGACAGAAAUCGCCCCAGCUUCGACGCCAUCCUCUACUUCUACCAGUCGGGAGGGAGGCUGAGGAGACCCGCUAACGUGCCUGUCGACAUUUUCAUGGAGGAGAUUAAAUUCUACGAGAUGGGUGAGGAGGCCAUCGAAAAUUUCCGAGAGGAGGAAGGUUUUAUCAAAGAAGAAGAGCGCAUUUUGCCCACCAACGAGUACCAACGUCAAGUUUGGCUUCUGUUCGAAUACCCGGAGAGUUCAGGGUCCGCCAAGGGGAUUGCCAUAGUCUCCGUCCUUGUCAUUCUCAUCUCCAUCAUUAUUUUCUGCCUGGAGACCCUGCCUGAAUUCAGAGAAGAUACCCGCCUGGAACCGAGGAGAAUCGUUGUCAAUGGCACUGACACCUUGGGGGUGAACAUGUUUACCGACCCUUUCUUCAUCAUCGAGACUCUCUGCAUUGUUUGGUUUUCUUUCGAACUGUUGGUGAGAUUUUUCUCUUGCCCCAGCAAAUCUAGCUUCUCCAAGAAUAUCAUGAACAUCAUUGACAUUGUAGCCAUCAUCCCGUACUUCAUCACACUGUUUACCGAGUUAGUGUAUCAUCAAAGCAACGGGCAACAGACGAUGUCCUUGGCAAUCCUCAGGGUCAUCCGCCUGGUUCGAGUGUUCCGAAUCUUCAAGCUGUCCAGGCACUCCAAGGGGCUUCAGAUUUUGGGGAAAACCCUGCAAGCCAGUCUGAGGGAGCUGGGGUUGCUCAUGUUCUUCCUCUUCAUCGGGGUCAUCCUGUUUUCCAGCGCCGUCUACUUCGCCGAGACGGACGACCCGGACUCCAGCUUCUCCAGCAUCCCGGACGCUUUCUGGUGGGCAGUAGUUACCAUGACGACAGUGGGUUAUGGAGACAAGUAUCCUGUCACCAUCGGAGGCAAGAUUGUGGGAUCCCUGUGCGCCAUCGCCGGUGUCCUGACCAUCGCGCUGCCCGUGCCCGUUAUUGUGUCCAACUUCAACUACUUCUACCACCGGGAGAACGAGCACGAAGACCAGGCUGAGUACAUGCACAUCAGCAGCGGGCAGCAGGCACAUUCCCUCGGCCAACUCAAAGUCAGCAACCAGUCCCUCAACAAAAGCGAGGCGGAGGAUAACGUGGACGCACUGAUCAAAGAUCAUCAGUACCCGGACUACACCCCUAUCAAACAGAGACCUUCAGACAACCAAGCCAGGAAAAUAUUCACUGAUGUAUGAUCAAAGGCAGGAGACAGCGGGGGGAACGGGGGCUAAAUACUUACUGAGAAACUCUCCAUCCAGUGCUUUAAGUCACGUUAAAAAGAAACAUUUUCUAACGUUCAGUCUCAACAACACAUGGCAGGCUGAAAAAAUGUACAAAUGCAUUUGUGGCAGAAUUAGAUCAAGGAGGAGGGAUGCAUCAAAUUGCUCAACAGAUUUUUUUUUAGCUUUGCAAUCAAAAUGUUAAAUUUUCGACAUUUUUUGCAGUUUAGUCAACGAGACCACCAUUUGUUUUGCUUUCGUUUUGAUAAUUCCGUCAUUCUAGUUUACAGUUUUGUCUUCAAAGCACACUAGCUAAAUUAAAGAAAACAAACAAAUACGUGUGUAUAUAUGUGUGUGUGUGUAUAUAUACAUACAAUAUAUGUGUAUAUAUACAUUUUUAAUCAGUCCAGCAUUUCGUGGGUUUGGGGAUCUAGACAGGGACUGUGUAUUUCCAUGGAGAUGGGAAUUUCAGCUCCCACGCCCUCCCUCCCCCACCUCAGCGGGAAAAUGUCUGACCUGAAUGGGGAGAAAACAAAGCUUCAGGAUUUUCAAAUCAGUAAGAAAAUGUUUGCACAGAAAGCGGAGUGGGCGGAAGGGCGGAAUUAACCAGCAAUCAAACAUUGUGAGAGAGAGAGAGUGAGAGAAAGGGAGAGAACGAAAGAUAGAGAGAGGGGGGAACAAAAUGAUGCGAAGAUUACAAAUCGAAGGAGAACAGCUGUUGCUGUAAUGCCAGAAAUGAAUAUCUAAACAGCAUCGACUCCACCGUAGAACUGACACUGAUUAUUCUGCUGUUAGGUCAAAGCAAUUUCCGAUAUGAUACACUGGAUACAUUUGAUGUGCCAUUGUCCUGACUCUCUGGAGGUGGGGGAGGAUUAAGCAAAAACACCUUUCUCAAUCAUCGACGUUGUGUAUUUUUUUAAUAUCAUUUUUGAAGAGAGGGCGGUCGAUACCUUAAAACAAUUAUGGCUGUUGAUUGCAUUCGUACCAUUAUUUUGUUCCACUUUAUGAUUCCAGUUGCUACCCAGCCCUACCCCUCCUAACGCGAACGUCUUGAAGUGCCUGCUUGAGAAAGAGACAAAACAAGGGACACGUGUGAAACCCAGGCUGAGGCGGUCUGCCUGCAGCAACACGCCGCUCACGGCGGCGAUGCGCCGACUAACCAGCACCUCCCCGUGGGACAAUCUCGUCAGCGUCGUCGGUUGUCACGGCAACCUUCUGGCCCGCUCUCUCGCCCGACGGCCGGAGGUGACGCGCCUCACUCAAAAAGUAAAUCAUCGUUCGAAAAUGACUCAAUUACUGCUUUAUUUGCAUUGACAUUCUACAAAGCCCCCAAACUCGCUGCCUUGUGGAGAUAUUGUUUCAAUGCAAACAUUCGAUCUAAUUCUCUGUACCACUAGCCGGCUCAGCCGUGUUACAAUUUACCCCAACUCAAUGGAAUUUGUUUCUACCAGCAGAAAUGUAGGUCGAAGUGUCCAAAGCAAACGUGAGUGACCAGCCACCAUUUUCAGCUGUAAAUUGUAUUGUACAGUCAAUAGAGAUGAUUUCCAAUUUUGACUUUAAACCCAGAUCAGGAUCCUUAUACGCAAAUUCUCCCCCACGACAGCGAAUAACCACACUACCUGGAACUGUGGCCAGCGGAUUUCAGUCAAACUCCUGAUCGAAGGAUUAAUGUGAAAUUGAGUGAAGUCAGCCUGGUGCUCGGAGUUAGGUCGCUCCCUGGUCUCUAAGCUGGCCCUCGUUGCAUGGAAAUCCCAAAUCUAAGAGUGCAAAUUCUCACUAGAGUUAGUAACUCAAAUUCCUCGGGUAAAGGGCGAAUGACUUUUCUUUGAUUAUUUCAAGACUUUCAAUCGGCGCACACACACAAUGGGGAACUUGAAGCAAUUGCCGAAAUUCCUUUGCGGGACUCUCACUGAUCACCGGACAUGACCCAGUGGGACACUUAACCCGCUUGGAAUUGCCAAGACCGUUACGCAGGCCUCGCGGGUCUGAAGGAGAGGACUAAUGUAGCCAAAUCUCCUUGCAGGCCACUCAGAGAACAUGCAAGGUUUACCACUAAUCGCGAAAACCAAGAUUCACAAAGUAGACAGGAAUGUGUACGACAUCAAAAUUGCCAGUUUGUGACGGCACGGUGUGAAAGGUACCAUACACUAUCCUGAUUUGAUGGAGACAGACAUGAGAAGCACGGAGGAACAUCUGGAGAAACUUCUGAAAUGCCUGCUACGCUGCCGCUGCUACUGCGCGAUCGAGAAUCUCCAGAGGGGAAGGCCCCAAAUCCUCUGCUUUGCCUAUUGCCUGUUGCCGGGGCCGGGGUCGAAGCGCUCGGCAGAGAUGGUGCUUCGUGCUCGGUGUCGGAGGGCUGGUCGGAGGCUCGAAGUUUUCGGACGGACUCAAGAGUCGGCAGUGGUUGGAUGCUUCCAAGAUGCUGCAUCGGCAAGUUUGCGGCACUGGAGGUUCAUGGCAGGAAGAGAGUUUCUCUUCCUUCUACCAUCUGCGUGAGAUGAUGGGACUUUCGACAGACUUUGAGACCUUUUUUGACCAUGCCCAUGAUCUGUUCUUUAUCAAAUUACGGUAUUGCUUUGCACUAUUGUAACUAUAUGUUAUAAUUAUGUGGUUUUUGUGGUUUUUUUAGUCUUGGUUUGUCUUGUGUUUCUGUGAUAUAAUUCUGGAGGAACAUUGUAUCAUUUCUUAAUGCAUGCAUUACUAAAUGACAAUAAAAGAGGACUGCGUGUUCUCAUAAUCUAAUCUAAUCUAUACUAAUUUCAUUUCCCAGGCACUUAAUCUGCAGCCUAAUAUGCCUUGGCAAUUCUAGUGUUCAUUCAGAUGUUUCUUAAAUUUUUAGAGUUACCUGCCUCCAUCAUCUUCUCAGUCAGGGCAUUCUCGAUUGCAGUAAUUUUUUAUGGGUGAAAAAAAAUCCAUUUAAUCCCCUCUAAUCCUUCUGUCUUUCGCAGCCAUGGAGAGAAGUUUCUUACCAUCUGUCCUUUAUGUACUUCCCAUCAUUCCCUUUGUGGCUCCUCUGUUCCAGGGAAAGCAAACCUAGCCUAUCUAUUCCUUCCUCAUAACUGAAACCGGAAUCCAGAAUCACUUCUGCUCCUUCUCCAGUGCCGUCAUGUCCCUCCUGUGAUGUGGUGACCAUUGCUGCACACAACAUUUCAGUUGUACCAACACUUCCUUGACCUUACAAGUGAAGGCAAGUAUGCUGCACUGUAUACUUUCUUCACCACACAAUUUGUUCGGUUAAUUUAAGCAAUAUUUAGGGCAUUGUACCGCGGUGCUAAAAAAAAAAAACAAGUUGCUGGAAGAACUUUACAGGUCAGGCAGCAGCUAUGGAGGCAAAGGGAUGGUCAACAUUUUGGGAUUAGAUUCUGCAUCAAGACUUAGAGUGUGAAUAACC